AAUUACAAAGCAAGACAAAGAAGACACAGUAAGUGGCGAACCGCAAAAAGCUUUGAGAAAAAAAUGCUGAAGCCAUGUCCUCUCUCCUGCUUGCUCUUCAUCUUCUUCUUCGUCUUCUUCAUACCCAAACUAUCUUUCUCUUGCCCACAAGACCAAAGACAAUCCCUUCUCGAGUUCAAGAACCUGCUGAUGACUCACAAUGUCAACAACUCCAAAGCUGAAAUCGACUUAAUGGGACAUUUCAAGACAUGGAGGCCAAACUCCGAUUGCUGCAAAUGGCAACUUGUGAGAUGUAACGCUCGUUCGCCUUCAAGAGAAGUGAUAGGCCUAGAUCUGAGCGCUAUUUCCGAUUAUGGCAAGGCGGACCUCAUUUAUACACAGAACAUGGUCUCAGUGAGUUUAAGCAUUCUGAGACCGGUCCUGCGUAUAAAUUCUCUCGUUACGCUUGAUAUCUCGCAUAAUUACAUACAAGGAGAGAUUCCUGGAGAUGCGUUUGAGAAUAUGACCAGGUUAAUCUCUCUUAACAUGAGUUAUAAUCUCUUUAAAUGCUCUAUCCCUCCUAAUUUGUUCUCUUUGAAGAAUCUUCAGUAUCUUAACAUAAGCCUGAGUGGUUUUGAAGGAGAGAUGCAUGGAGAUGCGUUUUUGAACUUGCCACGGUUGAUCUCCCUUGACAUGAGUUAUAAUCUCUUUAACGGCUCUAUACCUCCUAAGUUGUUCUCUUUGAAGACUCUUAAGUAUCUUAACUUAAGCUUAAGUGGUUUUGAAGGAGAGAUUCCUGGAGAUGCGUUUGUGAACUUGACCAACUUGAUCGCUCUUGACAUUAGUUGGAAUAGCUUGAACGGCUCUAUACCUCCUACAUUGUUCUCCUCUUUGAAGACUCUUCAAUAUCUAAACUUAAGCCAGAAUGAUUUUGGAGGAGAGAUUCCUGGAGAUGCGUUUGUGAACUUGACCAGCUUGAUCUCUCUUGACAUGAGUAGGAAUAGCUUGAACGGCUCUAUUCCUCAUGAAUUGUUCUCUUUGAAGACUCUUCAGCGUCUUGACUUAAGCAACAAUGUUAUAGGGGGUUCGUUGAGUGGUGACAUCAAAAAGCUCAAGAAUCUGCAGGAACUGAUCUUAGAUGAGAAUCUCAUCGGUGGAGACAUUCCUCCAGAAAUAGGUAGUCUUGCCGAACUUCGGGAGCUGAGUUUGAGGAAGAACAAGUUCAAUGGUUCUAUACCGUUGUCGGUAUCACGUUUAACCAAGCUCACUAAGUUUGAUGUUCAGAACAAUUCCUUGUCUUCUGAGAUUCCAGAGGGUAUUGGGAACUUAGUCAAUCUAUCGACUCUGUCUUUGAGCAUGAACAAAUUGUCGGGUGGAAUUCCAUUGUCGAUUCAGAAUCUGAAAAACCUUGAAACCCUUGAGCUUGAGAAUAACAAUGGCUCGUUACGUGAGAUUCCCACAGCUUGGUUGUUUGGUCUUCAGAAGCUGAAGAUACUGCGGCUUGGAGGAAACAAACUGCAAUGGAGCAACAAUGCCUUUCAACAGACUAAGUUAACACAUCUGUCACUUAGAUCUUGUGACUUAGAAGGGAAUAUUCUGGAUUGGCUCAAGAAUCAAACAACUCUUGCUUACUUGGAUUUAAGCAUGAACAGACUCGAAGGAAGUUUCCCCGAAUGGCUAAUUAAUCUGACAAUCGAAGUCAUAAUUUUGUCAGACAACAGACUCUCAGGCCCACUGCCUCCAAAUUUGUUUCAGGCUCAGAGGUUAUCAUGUCUUUUACUGUCAAGGAACAACUUCUCUGGUCAGAUCCCUGAUAUAAUUGGCGUAUCACAGAUCAUAGUACUCAUGCUGUCUGAAAACAACUUCUCAGGAUCAGUACCAGAGUCUAUUACAAAGAGCUCCUUGCUGAAUUUGUUGGAUUUGUCAAAGAAUAGAUUAUCAGGUGAAUUCCCGAGGUUCAGUCCCGAGUCACUCCUUGUGUGGCUCGAUAUAUCUUCCAACGAGUUCUCUGGGGAUGUUCCAUCUUACUUUGGGGAGUCCAUCAGUAUGCUCUUAAUGAGUGGCAACAAUAAUAGUGGCGAUUUUCCUCAGAAUUUCAGAAAUCUCUCAAGUCUGAUGCGUCUUGAUCUCCAUGACAACAAAAUCUCUGGGGGCUUCCCGAAUAUUAUAUCCCGGUCUUAUUCUUCUCUAGAGGUUCUGAGCCUGAGAAACAAUUCCCUCAAAGGUCCAAUCCCAGAAGGCAUAUCAAAUCUCAUAAGCCUUCAGGUCUUGGAUCUCUCUGAAAACAAUCUUGAUGGAUAUCUCCCUUCAUCUCUUGGGAAUCUUACAUGCAUGAUAAUGUCUCGUGUGAGCUCAUCGUUGUUGUCUAUGCGUGUAGGUUACACCAGCAAUACCGACGUAGAAAGUUUAAUAGACAUCAAAACACAAGAUAUAUUUAGUCUUGUAGUGAACUGGAAGAAAUCAAAACAAGUUCUUUUCCAGAGAAAUUUCUACCUCUACACUCUCAUAGAUCUCUCAAAGAACAAGCUACACGGAGAUAUCCCAGCUUCUUUAGGCAGUCUCAAAAGCCUAAAGGUUUUGAACCUCUCCAACAACGAGUUCUCUGGAUCAAUCCCACAAAGUUUUGGAGAUCUUGACAAGCUAGAGAGCUUAGAUCUUUCACACAACAACCUCUGUGGAAGAAUCCCGAAAACGUUAUCCAAGCUAAGAGAGCUGAAUACUUUGGAUUUGAGUAACAACAAGCUUGCAGGUAGAAUUCCUGAAGGUCCUCAGCUAGACAGAUUGAAUGAUCCAAACAUUUAUGUCAACAACAGCAAAAUUUGUGGAAUGCAAAUCCAAGUACCAUGCUCUACGCAGAAGAAGAAGCCACCACAUGAAGAAGAAGAAGAAGAGGAAGAUGAAGAAGAGGAAAUAAUGUUUUCAUGGAAAGCUGCAGCCAUAGGUUGUCCUUGUGGAUUUCUUAUAACACUUGUAUUUAUGUACUCCAAUGGAAUGUGGAAGUAACAGAAAUUACU